AUGGAGGUUUUUCCUCCAAGAAUAAGAAAACUGUGGAAGGAUUGGGAGCUAAGGUCAUUGGUUUUCCUCAGCCUCGCCUCACAAAUGCUUCUAAUUUUUCUGGGCAACCACAGGAAGUACAUUCCCAAAACUUGGAUUAAAGUUGUGGUCUGGUCUGCCUACUUGCUGGCGGAUGCUGUGGCAUCUAUGGCCCUUGGCGUGCUCUUAAAUAACAUAGGAGAAAUCUACGGCAAUGGUGGUGUUCCUGAUUCCAAUGGUGAGAUUGCUGCGUUUUGGGCACCGUUUUUUCUGUUGCAUUUGGGUGGCCCAGACACUAUUACAGCAUGCUCUUUGGAAGACAAUGAGUUGUACCUAAGGCACGCAUUUCAGUUACUUUUCCAAACACUAACCACAGUAUUGACCUUUCUAACUGCAUGGAAUGGCUCGCGGAUUUCAAUUCUUGCAAUACCAAUGAUUAUUGUUGGGUUUAUCAAGUAUGGAGAGAGGACAUGGACUCUCUGGUCAGCAAGCAGUAAUCAACUUAAAGAAUGGGUGCUCUCUUCGGCUGCUGCUGAUUCCAAUUACCCCAAAUUCUUGGAUGAGUACCCAUUGUAUCUUGCCGAGGGAUACAAAGUGGAAAGAGACUUCAUGAUAGAUGCUCCGGCUUUUAAAAUAAACACGUCUGAGUCUGGAAACGAAUUCAAUUCUGAUCAAAAGAUCAUAUUCGCCUAUGCUUUAUUUCAUAUAUACAAGUGUCUCUUUGCAGAUUUGAGCAACAGCGACAUCGAGCGAGAAAGCAUUGAGCCUUUAUUAAAGGAUAUGUCUCAUAAAGAUGUUUUUAGUGUGAUCACUAUUGAACUAGGAUUCAUUUUGUGUGUUUCCUUAAUGAUGGUUUCUUAUUUUUCAACUAUAGUUAUGGCCUCCGAAGGCAGUUCCUCAAGCACCCCGACAUUGGAUGACAUCGACGAUACAGUUACAAUUUAA